CAGUGGCUCGUGUUGGCCUUGUUGGUUGGAUACGAAACCAUUGCCGUUUUCUGGCUCAGAGCGGUUUGUUUGCUCGCGAGCGGAAUGCAGAAAACCGAGUUUUAAAUGAAUUACUGAUCGGUUAAAUGUAAUACCCAUCGGAGGGCCGCCAAAAAGCAGCAGUCGAACAUUAUUUUUGAGAAAGUGCACGCGAAAUAAGGAGCGGAAAACCGUGGAAAAGGGUGGUGAAAAGCGAGCGUAGGGAGCUGGAAAAAUUGCAUUGCCUUCUUUCGGGCGCACAAAGAAAAUGAGCGCAAAGAUGACGCGCUACAAGCAAACCGAAUUCACGGAAGACGAUUCGAGUUCAAUCGGCGGCAUUCAAUUGAACGAGGCGACCGGCCACACUGGCAUGCAGAUACGCUACCACACAGCGCGGGCCACUUGGAAUUGGCGCUCGAGGAACAAGACGGAGAAAUGGCUGCUCAUCACCACCUUUGUGAUGGCCAUCACGAUCUUCACUCUACUGAUCGUCCUUUUCACCGAUGGAGGCGGCAGCGGAGAUGCGACCAAGCACGUCCUUCAUGUUCAGCCGCACCAGAAAGAGUGUCCUUCGGGAAAUGAGCUUCCCUGCUUGAAUAAGCACUGCAUCUUUGCUUCCAGCGAGAUCCUCAAGUCCAUCGAUGUGACCGUGGAUCCCUGCGAUGAUUUUUACGGAUAUUCCUGUAACCAGUGGAUCAAAAACAACCCCAUUCCCGAGGGCAAGUCCACGUGGGGCACUUUCGGAAAGCUGGAGCAGAUGAACCAGCUAGUCAUCCGCAACGUGCUGGAGAAGCCGGCGAAUAGUUUCAAGUCGGACGCGGAGCGAAAGGCCAAGGUCUACUAUGAGUCCUGCCUGGACGCGGAUGAGCACAUGGAGAAGCUAGGGGCCAAGCCCAUGAAUGAUCUCCUGCUGCAAAUCGGCGGAUGGAAUGUGACCAAGAGCGGCUACAACGUGGCCAACUGGACGAUGGGACGCACCCUCAAGAUUCUGCACAACAGAUAUAACUUUAACUGCCUGUUUGGCUGGGCGAUUGGGGAGGACGACAAGAACUCCUCGCGCCACGUCAUCCAGAUCGAUCAGGGCGGCCUGACGUUGCCCACCGCCGAUUACUACAACAACAAAACGGACAAUCAUCGCAAGGUACUCAACGAGUACAUCGAGUACAUGACCAAGGUGUGCGUCCUGCUCGGCGCCAACGAAUCGGAUGCCCGGGCCCAGAUGAUCGGCGUCAUCAACUUCGAGAAGAAGCUGGCCAACAUAACCAUCCCGCUGGAGGAUCGUCGCAACGAGGAGGCCAUGUACCAUCCCAUGCAGCUGCGCCAGCUGGCCAAACUGGCUCCGUUCCUCAACUGGACGGAUCACUUCGAUAAUGCCAUGCAGAUGGUGGGUCGCCGCGUCACCGACGACGAGGUGGUAGUCGUCUACGCACCCGACUUCCUCAAGAACCUCUCGGACAUCAUCCUCAAGAUGGAGCAGAGCGAAGAGGGAAAAAUCACCCUGAACAACUAUCUCGUCUGGCAGGCGGUUCGCACCCUGACCAGUUGCCUGUCGAAACCCUUCCGGGAUGCCUACAAGGGCGUGAGGAAGGCCCUCAUGGGCUCGGAUGGCGGCGAGGAGAUCUGGCGGUACUGCGUCUCGGAUACGAACAAUGUGGUUGGCUUCGCCGUGGGCGCGAUCUUUGUGCGCCAGGCCUUCCAUGGGGAAUCGAAGCCGGCGGCCGAGCAGAUGAUCGGCGAGAUUCGCGAGGCCUUCAAGACGAACCUGCAGAACCUGACCUGGGUGGACAAGCAGACGCGCGAGAAGGCCAUCGAGAAGGCCAACGAAAUCUCGGACAUGAUCGGUUUCCCCGACUACAUCCUGGAUCCCGUCGAGCUGGACAAGAAGUACGCGGAGCUGAAUAUCACAGCGAAUGCCUAUUUCGAGAACAACAUCCAGGUGGCCAUUUACAAUCUGAAGAGCAACCUGAAGCGGCUCGACCAGCCGGUGAACAAGACCAACUGGGGCAUGACCCCGCAGACGGUGAAUGCCUACUACACGCCCACCAAGAACCAAAUCGUCUUCCCCGCCGGCAUCCUGCAAACGCCCUUCUUCGACAUCAACAACCCCAAGAGCCUGAACUUCGGCGCCAUGGGCGUGGUCAUGGGUCACGAGCUGACCCACGCCUUCGACGAUCAGGGGCGCGAGUACGAUAAGUUCGGCAACAUCAAUCGCUGGUGGGACUCCAAGAGCAUCGAGCGGUUCAACGAGAAGUCCGAGUGCAUCGCCCGCCAGUACAGUGGGUACAAGAUGAACGGACGCAACCUCAACGGCAAGCAGACGCUGGGCGAAAACAUAGCUGACAAUGGCGGACUAAAGGCGGCCUACCACGCCUACCAGCGAACCAAGAGCGACCGGGAUGUGGAUGUCCUGAAGCUGCCCGGCCUGAAUCUCACUCACUCGCAGCUAUUCUUUGUGUCCUUUGCCCAGGUCUGGUGUUCCAGCACCACUGAUGAAACGAACCUGCUGCAGAUGGAGAAGGAUCCACAUUCGCCGUCGCAGUUCCGGGUGAUCGGCACAUUGUCGAACAUGAAGGAGUUCGCCGAGGUCUUCCAGUGCAAACCCGGGAAGCGAAUGAACCCCACCGAAAAGUGCGAGGUGUGGUAAAGGGAGCAGCUUAUUCCCGAUCUCAGAACGAGCCAAAGAUAUAUAGAUAAAGAUCAAGCCAAAGCCAAACAA